AUGCUCGAAUCACAAAAGAAUGAGAAAAAGGAUGCUAAGAAAAACAAGAAUUUCGAAGAACGCAAGAAACGCAGAUUAGAAAACGCCCCAGGGGGCUCUACCAAGAAAGACAAAUCAGGUAAUGCCCCAGAGGGCUCUUUCCAAAAAGACAAAUCAGGAAAUUUCCUAGAGGACUCUUCCAAGAAAGGCAAAUCGAAACAUGCCCCAGAGGGCUCUUCCCAAAAAAGCAAGUCAGGAAAUGUCCUAGAGGACUCUUCCAAGAAAGGAAAAUCGAAAAAUGCCCCAGAGGACUCUUCCCAAAAAUGCAAGUUAGAAAAUGCCCCAGAGGACUCUUUCAAAAGAGGCAAAUCAGGAAAUGCACCAGAUCACUCUCUCAAAAAAAGAAAAUCAGAGAAUGCACUGAAGGACUCUUCCAAGAAAGACCAAUCAGGAAAUACCCCAGAGGGCUCUUCACAGAAAGAAAAAUCAAGAAAUUCUCCAGAGGACUUUUUCAGAAAAGGCAAAUCAAAAAAUGCACUGGAGGACUCUUCCAAGAAAGACCAAUCAGGAAAUGCCCCAGAGGGCUCUUCCCAGAAAGGCAAAUCAGAAAAUGCCCCAGAGGGAUCUUCUCAAAAAGGCAAGUCAGGAAAUGCUCCGGAGAACUCUUUCAAAAAAGGCAGAUCAGGAAAUGCACCAGAGCAUUCUCUCAAAAAAGGUAAAUCAAAAAAUGCACUGGAGGACUCUUUCAAGAAAGAUCAAUUAGGAAAUACCCCAGAGGCCCCAGAGGACUCUUCCCAGAAAAGCAAAUCAGGAAAUUCUUCCCAGGAAAGCAAGUCAGGAAAUGCUGCAGAGAACUCUUUCGAAAAAGGCAAAUCAGAAAAUGCACUGGAGAACUCUUCCAAGAAAGACCAAUCAGGAAAUACCUCAGAGGACUCUUCCCAGAAAGGCAAAUCAGGAAAUGCCCCAGAGGACUCUUCUCAGAAAGACAAGUCAGUAAAUGCCACAAAGGAUUCUUCCAAAAUAGGCAAAUCAAAAAAUGCACUGAAGGACUCUUCCAAAAAAGAUAAAUCAAAAAAUGCACUGGAGAACUCUUUCAAGAAAGGCAAUUCAGGAAAUGCCUCAGAGGGCUCUUCCCAGAAAGGCAAAUCAGGAAAUGCCCUAGAGGACUUUUCCAAAAAAGAAAAAUCAAAAAAUGCACUGGAGAACUCUUCCGAGAAAGGCAAUUCAGUAAAUGCCCUAAAGGGCUCUUCCCAGAAAGGCAAAACAGGAAAUGCCCCAGAGGAUUCUUCCAAACAAGGCAAAUUAGAAAAUGCAUUGGAGGACUCUUCCAAGAAAGACAAAUUAAAAAAUGCCCCAGAGGGCUUUUCCCCAAAAAGUAAAUCAAGAAAUGUCCCGGAGGACUCUUCCAAGAAAGACAAAUUAGAAAAUGUCCCAGAGGACUCUUCCAAGAGAGGCAAAUUUAAAAAUGGCCCAGAGGGCUCUUCCAAGAAAGUGAAAUCAGGAAAUGGCCCAGAGGACUCUUCCAAGAAAGGAAAAUCAGGAAAUGCCCCAAAGGGCUCUUCCAAGAAGACGUCAACUACCAAACAAAAUCAGAAUGCUAUUCACGGUACGUAA